AUGAGUGCCAACGUGAACUUCUCGACUGGCUCAUGGAAGACCAACGCGGCGCCGUCAGCACCGGCCGUGUCGGCGUCCGCGGCACCUGCCCUCCAAAACAGCGCGUCGUCUUCUUCUAAGAGCAAGAGUCGCAUGAUCUUGCCAUAUGAGGUGCUCUUCAACCUCGUCGGCCGUCGAGUAACAGUGGUGCUCACGAAGGGUUCCCAGGAGCUGGAGGGUACUUUGGAGUCUGUAGACAGUGAUAAGGGUGACAUGCUGCUGUCUGACGUGGUAUGCUACACCUGGGAGCCUUUGCGCUCAUCGGAGGAGGAGGAAACCACCGCGGCUGCUACAGGCAAGGGUCAAGGCACACUUAGCGCAGUCGCCGAGAGAGAGGGGUACUACAGGUGCUUUGGAGGUGGGCAGCGUCGCGAGCUGAGCCGGUGCAGCCAGGCCAUGGUUAAUAGCGCAUUCGUCGCCCUCAUCACACCCACGCUCUUCAUACCAGAGUAG